AUUGACGGAAUAUUGUUUCAGAAUAAUGAAGAACUUGGUAGCUUCCUUGCUGUUUCUGGUCGAUCGGUAACUGCAUAGUAAUAAUAAGGUGUGAAUGACCAGAAAACAUAAACAUAUGAAGCUUCCGCGGAAACUCUGAUGUUCAUCAUCCGCUUAACAAUUAACCUAUUAUGAGAGAAAAAAGGAGUAUUUAAUUUCCAAAAGUUUCAGUCAGCAUCGGCCAGAUGUACACCAUGCCCGCGAAAAACUUCAACAAUUUCAUAUUUAUUUGCUUCUAAGUUUGAUUUUGGAGACCCAACAAGCAGCCAUCCACAAUCAUACCAAGUUUUCUUAUCAUGGCUUUGCAAUCACGUUCCUCUUCCUUGAGCUACGAUGUAUUCCUCAGCUUCAGAGGGGAAGACACACGUCAUGGUUUUACUGGCCAUCUCUACAGCGCUCUUCAUAGCAAGGGAAUCCACACUUUCAUCGAUGAUGAGGGUCUUCAAAGAGGAGAGGAAAUAACACCAGCACUUGUGAAGGCAAUUCAAGAGUCUAAGAUUGCCAUCAUUGUGCUCUCUAUUAACUAUGCUUCUUCAUCAUUUUGUUUACAUGAACUUGCAACUAUACUUGAGUGCCUUAUGGGGAAAGGUCGGUUGGUUUUGCCGGUUUUUUAUAAGGUAGAUCCUUCUCACGUACGUCACCAGAAUGGUAGUUAUGAAGAGGCAUUGGCUAAGCAUGAGGAGAGGUUCAAAGCUGAGAAGGAGAAGUUGCAGAAAUGGAAGAUGGCUCUGCAUCAAGUAGCUAACUUGUCUGGCUACCAUUUCAAAGAUGGAGAAGGAUAUGAAUACAAGUUUAUUGAGAAGAUUGUUGAGCAGGUCUCUAGGGAAAUUAAUCCUGCUUGUUUACAUGUUGCGGAUUACCCAGUUGGACUAGAGUGGCAAGUGCGGCAAGUAAGGAAGCUUUUGGAUAUUGGAUCUGAUGAUGGUGUCCACAUGAUAGGGUUUCACGGAAUGGGUGGGGUAGGAAAAUCAGCACUUGCUCGAGCUGUCUAUAAUAAUUUAAUAAUUGAUGAGAAGUUUGACGGUUUUUGUUUUCUUGAAAAUGUGAGAGAAAAAUCAAACAAGGAUGGGUUAGAACACCUCCAAAGAAUCCUUCUUUCAAAAAUACUAGGAGAGAAGGACAUCAACCUAACAAGUAAGCAACAAGGAAUUUCAAUGAUACAGUCUAGGCUUAAGGGAAAGAAGGUUAUCUUGAUUCUAGACGAUGUUGACAAGCACGAGCAAUUACAGGCAAUUGUUGGUAGACCAGAUUGGUUUGGUCCCGGCAGCAAAAUCAUCAUCACAACUCGGGACAAACAAUUGCUAGCACCUCAUCAAGUUAUUACAACAUAUGAGGUGAAGGAAUUGGAUGAGAACGAUGCUCUUCAGUUACUUACAUGGAAAGCUUUUAAAAAGGAAAAAGCUGAUCCAAAUUACGUGGAGGUCUUGCAACGUGCAGUAACUUAUGCUUCUGGCCUUCCACUGGCUUUGGAAGUAAUAGGUUCUAACUUGUUUACAAAAAGUAUAAAAGAAUGGGAAUCUGCUUUAAAAAAAUACAAAAGAAUUCCCAAAAAAGAAAUUUUAGAAAUACUUAAAGUAAGCUUUGAUGCUUUGGAGGAAGAAGAGAAAAGUGUUUUUCUUGACCUUGCUUGUUGCUUCAAAGGAUGUAAAUUAACAGAGGCUGAAGUUAUACUUCACGCUUUUUAUGAUGAUUGCAUGAAAUAUCAUAUUGGGGUGUUGGUUGAAAAAUCUCUCAUAGUGGUUAAAUGGAAUGGUAUAAUUAACAUGCAUGACUUGAUUCAGGACAUGGGCAGACGAAUUGACCAGCAAGAAUCCCCGAAAGAGCCAGGGAAGCGCAAGAGAUUAUGGUUAUCAAAAGAUAUAAUUCAAGUUUUAGAAGACAACUCCGGAACCAGUAAAAUUGAAAUAAUAUGUCUGGAUUUCUCCUCAUCCGAGAAAGAAGCUAUAGUAGAAUGGGACGGAAAUGCCUUCAAAAAGAUGAAAAAUCUUAAAAUACUUAUUAUUAGAAAUGUAAAAUUUUCCAAAGGUCCCAAUUAUUUUCCAGACAGUUUGAUUGCACUGGAAUGGCACCGGUAUCCUUCAAAUUGUUUACCGUCUAAUUUUAAUUCAAACAAACUUGUCGUGUGCAAGUUACCUGACGGUUGCUUUACGUCAAUUGGAUUCCAUGGCUCACAGAAGAAGUUCAGGAAUAUAAAGGUUUUGAAGUUUGACAAGUGCAAAUUUUUAUCACAGAUACCUGACGUAUCUCAUCUCCCAAGUUUGGAGGAACUUUCAUUUGAACGAUGUGACAAUUUAAUUACAGUUCACGACUCAAUUGGUUUUCUGAAUAAACUUAAAAUAUUGAGUGCCGAAGGUUGCAGCAAGCUGAGGACAUUUCCACCUCUCAACUUGACCUCUCUUGAAAACCUUCAACUUUCAUAUUGUUACAGUCUUGAGAAUUUUCCAGAAAUAUUAGGAGAGAUGGAAAACAUACGGGGACUUGUUUUGAAUGACCUUCCCAUAAAAGAAUUACCAGUUUCAUUUCAAAAUCUUAUUGGACUGCAAUAUUUAAACUUAUCAUUUAGAAAUUUUCAGUUACAAAGUAGCAUUUUCACGAUGUUUAACCUGAAUAAAUUUAGUGCUCAAAAUUGCAAGGGGUGGCAAUGGGUAAACUCAGAAGAGGGUGAAGAAAACAUGGGCUCGAUAUUAUCAUUAAAGAUCGGUGAAUUUGAUGUCCAGUAUUGCGACCUGUAUGAUGAUUUUUUUUCAACAGGUUUCACACAGUUUGCUCAUGUGGAAACUUUAUGCCUAGCCGGCAAUAAUUUCACAUUCCUUCCUGAAUGCAUAAAAGAAUUUAAAUUGUUACGCUAUCUUCUUGUGAGUAAUUGCAAGUAUCUUCAGGAAAUUAGAGGGGUUCCACCAAAAUUAACAUCCCUCCAGGCAAUAAACUGUAUAUCUUUGUCUUCCUCGAGUUCAAGCAUGUUCUUAAAUAAGGAACUGUACGCUGAAAAAAUUGACUUUUGCUUUACGGGAGCAACAAUUCCAAAGUGGUUUAAUCAGCAAAGCAGGGGGCCUUCAACUUCUUUUUGGUUUCGUAACGAGUUCCCUGACAGAGUUCUUUGUCUUAUUAUUACACCACUGGAUUUCUGGGAUCUAAUGGGUUAUCCCGCUCCCAUGGUGUUCAUCAAUGGCAAACUUCAAGAAUUUAAGUACGAACCAAUUGACACUAAAUAUCCGAUGCUGGAAUUGGAUCAUACAUAUCUCUUUGAUCUAAGUUGGGUAUGUAUCAUUGAUGAUAUGUUUGAAGUGGCUUUAGAAAAGGAAUGGAACCAUGUGGAGGUUACAUAUGUAGGUUUGAUAGAGACCUCACUCGUUAAAGCAACCGGAAUCCAUAUAUUCAUGGACGAGGAACGCAGCAUGGACGACAUUCGAUUGGACGAUCCUUAUAGAAAGAGAAAAUUAGACCAUGUUCUCAACAGUUCUGAAUCACAGCAACUUGUUAAAAAUCAUAGGUUAUGGAGUUGGGUUGGUCCUGAAAAAAUUAAAAUUCUUUUGAGGAACAUUGCAGAUGGAGCUUUAAGUACUAAUGCUGAGAGGAGAUAUAGGCAUAACUCUGUAAACACCUCUUGUCUGAGCUGCGACGCGUUGGAGGAGACAUGUCUGCAUGCUCUUCGUGAUUGUCCAAAGGUGGCUGCCGUUUGGAGAAGUGUGUUACCUUUGGAGUUAGAAGUGACGUUUUUUAAUAUUGAUGAGGUAACACUGUGGCUGGAAAGAAAUUUAUCUUUUUCAGUUGGUUGGGCAACUAUGUUCUGGUUUGCAGUGGAAGUGAUAUGGGAAUCUCGAAACGAGAUUGAUCUGCUCGAUCCAAAGGCUUCUUCGCCCAUUUAUAUGAUCAUGAUGAUCAUAAUUCGUUAUGAAGAUUUUAUCAGAGCCGAUCCUUCUCACAAGUUAAUGAUGAGGGAUCAUACUCAGCCAUGUAGUAGUGAUCACCUUUUCAAGUGGAGGCCCCCAGUUGAUCCUUGGCUGAAGCUAAACAUGGAUGGUGCCAUCGAUCCUUGUUCUAAAACUGCAGCAUGUGGAGGUAUAUUCAGAGACUACAGUGGUAGAUUCGUGCUUGGGUUUUCAGUUAAGCUCGAUAUGGAACAUUAUUGCUCAAUUGAUGAAGCUGAAAUUUGGGGUGUUUAUCAUGGUAUUAAGAUUGCAAGGCAGUAUGAUUUUGGUAAAAUAGUUGUGGAGUCAGACUCGCCGAAAGCUAUUAGUUUUGUGCAGGAUGGUUGUCCUACAUACCAACAGCAUAGUUUCCCACUCUGUCAUGAGUUGCGAGCUCUAACGUUGUCUGCUACAAAUUAUUUAGACUGGAGUCUUAUAUAUAGGGAAGGGAACAUGGCGGCUGCUUCCUUUGCCAAUUUCGGCUUAUCCAUGAAUCAGCGAGCGUGGAUUUUUUCUGCAUGUCCGACCUUUUGUGCACCUUUUGUAGAUGUUUGAACUUUUUUGUAUUUUAAUUGGCAAUAUAUUUCACUUUUAUAAAGGAGACAUAAAACUUUUUUUUAUAAAAUUAUCAUUGAUUUACAUGUUUAG